AUGCCUUACUCAGGACCUUCUUGGUCCGCCAACCACAGCUUCCAGCUUCCUAUCAGGUCUGCUCCAAGGCCCGCACGUUCUUCCAGGACCGCUUCUGCUGAGCGAAACGAUGUCGAGCCUCCUGGCAGAUCAGCCUCGAGGUCUGGGUCUCCUUCAAGGACUAACUCCGCAGAGCGAGAGGAUGCCCAGUCACUUCAGUCUAGUCAGCCGCCGUACGAUCCCAUCCAGCCGGUGUUGAACAGCAACAUCAACACACUGCCACCGGAGCUUAUGAUUGAUGUCUUCAAGCGUUUGUCUUCGAAGGAGAUCCGCCAGCUCAUGAGCCAAGACCGCCGUUACCGCGACUUCAUCCUGAAGCACAGAAUCGUCGAAGAGAUGACCAAGCGAGAACUCACUCGACUCAAUUACCGGUUCGAGUAUGGCGGACAAGGCUUCAUGGAGUGCUUUCGUAUGUGGUGUCGGGAGAAAGGGCUAUAUGCGGACAGUCUCCACACGUGGCGCUCUGCCAUGUCCUUUGUCGAUCAUUACUGCCAAUGCAUUGGGCUACUGCGUGAUGAGCGUGAGCUUUCCCUUCGAAAGCUGGCUUCAACGCUUGCUACCCUGCAUAUCACAACGCACGCUCCGCCGGAGUUGCGAGGGAACCUCUCUGAGGGAGCACGAGCUGAAGAGGAGGCCCGACUGCGUAGUGACAUUGCAGGACUGCAGGACUUCCCGGAUGGUACGAACAUUGUCUCUGCCGAGGAGGUUUUCGAUACCGUUCUGAGCGACCCUGAUAUUCUCGGCGACAUCACCGCUGAGCAUGUCGCCGACGACAGGCGCAGAAACAAAAGACGAGGCCAAUGUUUCCUCACGGCAUUGAUGAUAGGUUUUAAUCUCGACGCCUUGCGUCAGUUUGUUCCAAGCGACAUGGUCUGGCACAAUAUAUUGAAGGCCUCCGACAUGUUCAGUUUCCUGGGUCUUCCGGUUCUCGGCCAAACGCUGUUCGAGAAGUUUGCCUAUUACACCAAAAACGAAAGGGAUUAUAUUCUGGUGCGCAAUGAGGUUCUGGCUGCAACUGGCGUUCCGAUGACUGGCCUUCGAAGGGUGGAGCUUCUCAAGAUGAUCUACGUCGUAACACAGAAUAAAAGCUCACUCAGCUCCAGCCACUCGCCGCCCGCAUCGGACCAUGCCUCCGCUGGAGGGUCAAGCCGAGACUCCCAUCACUCCGGCGUUUCUGCAGACUUGGGUGACGAUUGCGGCGGCAGUCACAGUCAGGAGCCAGAAUCGCGGCCAAGCAGCCCUCAUGCUGAAGUAGCCAGUCAACCCCCAACGCACCAGCACGACCCAACCGACCCGGAACCAGAAGUGAUCAGUCUUUCACCAACACUGCAAGUCAUGCUCAUGACCAACUUGCCUGCCGGGACACUUCGCUCGCUAAUCAGCAAGGACGAACAAUUCCAGGGGUUUGCCACUGCCAACAUGGCCACGAUUGUCGACACAAUAGUGAACAGAGAACUCGAUGGGCUCCGCGACACCUACGACUACCGGGGCCGCAGCUUCUUCCAUUGCUUUUGCAAAUGGAUGCGUUGGAAGGGAUUCUUUCUCGAUCACGACGCUUAG